UCACAGAACACAAAUUUAUUUCAGAAGGAAGAAGGAUUAUUUAUUCAACAACAUGGAGCAUCUAGAGAUGUCAUCAAUGCAGGCAGAACACUAGGGUUCAGUAUCAGUCCCCGAGACAUAGAUUCACAUAACAACAGGCUUAUUCAAGAACAUCCAAAUGCUAUUCAGCUUCAAGUUUCAAAUUCAAUUAAAGUGAGUGCAAUAAACAAGACAAGGACUAACCUUCAAGCCAAAAUACACCAUAAAAAUGAAAUAAAAUUCUCCAGUUUAUUGUUGCAUAUAUCAAUAUAUACCCCCCCUAGGAAUGUUAUGUUUAUCAUUCAAAAAUAAUCAGUAUAUUUAAAUGCUCUACUUAAAGAGCACUGAGUGAUGUGUACAACGUGUGCAUUGACCUGAUGAUGUUAAAGGAAAUACAAUUAACUUCAAACUUAAUAGAAGAUUAUAUGUAAUACAUACCCUGCUGAGGUUUCAGAAACACCAACAAGGAAGAUUUCCAGUUAAGAAACUGUAAAAAUUCCCUUUUAAGUCAAUACCAAAGUCCAUGUUUUAUUGGCCAUAAAAAAUCAAUAAUUAUUAUUGAUUUUUUAUGGCCAAUAAAAAUUAUGAUCUUUGAUAACGGGAAGGGCGUUUGAUGAUAUAUUUGUUGGGUGACUUCCACUAUAUCCAGACCGUGCGGCUGACUGGUGACUACAUGAAACUUUCCCUUGCUACACACAUGGCAUCCAACUUGGUUGACAUUCACGAUAAAGUACUUGCUGUACCCUUUUCUUAUGACAGGAAAAACAUUCAUCGAAUCAUUACUGUGGACUGGAAAGGUGCACAAAAGACAUGCAGCGGUGGAAUAGACAUUAAUUACAUCACUCAGCUAGUACUUGACCAACAGGAGCAGCUUAAAACAACAUUCUUACCCACUUUAAAGGAAGAUUUGAGGAAGAUGAAGUUAAGGAAUAACCAAGCUCAACUAAAGGAAUUUAGGUAUUGGCAGAGCCCUGUGGUCAUCAAUAUUUAA